AUGAAAUUCACCAUAUUUGCUCUUGUCUCUAUCGUUGCUGCUACUGCAAACGCCAUUGCUAUUCCUGCCCAAUACUCUCGUGAGAUGCGUGAACAUGCUCUCUAUAUUCGUGCGCAUAUUCCCGACUCGGAAAUUAUGGCCUUGAUUAGCAAACGGGACAACAGCCCUGCUGAUACUGUUGAUCAAGAUGGUGACGCUGAUUCUGACACUGAUUCCAAAGAUGCUGGCACUGAUUCUGACAAUGAUUCCAAAGAUAAUGCCACAGAAACCCUUACUGAUGCAUCCGACCUUGCACCAUUUGACGUAACAAAAUACACUUUUACGGAUGAUAAUGUACCUGGCGAAACUCAACCUGUUGAUGCUCCUGCUGAUGACCUGCACAAUUAA